UUCCGAGCAGCCGGCGACAUGGCUGAAGUGGAGCAGAAGAAGAAGUGGACCUUCCGCAAGUUCACCUACUGCGGCGUGGACCUGGACCAGCUGCUGGACAUGUCCUAUGAGCAGCUAAUGCAGCUGUACAGCGCCCACCAGAGGCGGCGCCUGAACCGCGGCCUGCAGUGCAAGCAACACUUACUUCUCAAGAGCCUGAGGAAAGCCAAAAAGGAGGCUCCACCCAUAAAAAAGCCGGAGGUGGUGAAGAUGCACCUGAGGGACAUGAUCAUCCUGCCCGAGAUGGUGGGCAGCAUGGUGGGCGUGUACAAUGGCAAGACCUUCAACCAGCCAGAGAUGAUCGGCCACUACCUGGACGAGUUCUCCAUCACCUACAAGCCCGUGAAGCAUGGCCAGCCUGGUAUCGGGGCCACCCACUCCUCCCGCUUCAUCCCUCUCAAAUAGCCGUGGCCAAUAAAGAUUCGUGUUCAGUCAAAAAAAAAAAAAAAGAA